GCGAGUGCUUCGCGGGUGCCUGCACGUUAGAAAUCAUAUUAGUUUUACCAUGUUUAGAGGAUAUAGUUAUUGCAGUGAAUCAACCAGUUAGUGUCUUUAUAUCCUACAAAAACGCACGAGUACGUAACAAUGGCUACUUCAACAAUAUUGCGCGUAAAACGUCAUCUUGAGGACAAUCCGCAGGAUGCCUUGGUUCUCAUGUGUAAGCGCAUGAAGACUGACGUCGAGGAGGUUUCACCGUCACUGUUUGUGUUUAGAGGCACGGUUGACAAUCAGGAAACUGCAAAUGUGAAAGACAUAGUACCAAAAACAGAUGCAAAGUUGAAAUCAACACACAAUGUUACUGAUAUUAUUGACAAACUUCGAAAAGAAAGGAAGGUGGCAUCAUCUGGAAACAGAUAUGAAGUGGUAAACUGCCACCGAGGCCUGAAAGAAGCGUCAGAUGAGUUUGAUCUGGUUGACUUAGAACGGAAGGACCAGAAGGAGGAUGAGCAAUACGCUUAUGAUCUGUACACUGCCGCCAAGCAGGACUUUGAUAUAUCCAUGUUGGAUAAUUUAGUCAGUAUAGAACACUACGAAACAGACUUAAUAUUCGGCACGUACCGCGACAACGGCGAGCAGUCGUCGGACGACGCGGACGACGACGACGACUCGAACGACGAGAACAACUGGCGGAACGACUACCCCGACGAGGAGGAGGAUAGCAUUGAUGAGGAAGAUAUGGUGCGCGCUGUGGAGAGGUGCGGGAUAGAAUCGGACCUAUCAAGCGACGCCGGCGAAGAUCACAUAUACGACGGGCCCGCUGAUAUAAAUAACGAAGAUGCGCUUCGUUACGGCGCGGCCUAUGCGGCGUAUAAGGCGCGCGUUUUGGCAGGCGGCAAGGGAACGGGGAAGGAGUUUGCAUACUGCAGAGAAAUCGACGAUGUGGACGCGAAGGGCUACAAAGACGACAGUGAUGACGGUUUCUACUACGGGCAAGAGGAAGAUACGCAGCAGUUUCGAGAGCAAUACUCCUCGGACGAACCGGACUGAGCUGUGGCUUGAGGUUAGCUGUAAGAGUCAUUCGAAUAUAAGCGUUUUGUUAUA